AAAUGUGAACACAUAAAAUGCAUGUUCUUGUCAUCAGGAUUGUCUCUUAUGAGGUUAUCUUUGCUUUACAUUCACAUGCCAACCAUGUAAUGGUUUCUGAAAGGUUUGUGUUUUUUGUUUUUUUUUUUUCAAAUUGACCCUGUGAUAUUUGAAAAUGUUUAAUGAAAGGUAAUCGAUAAUGGAGUAAAGUUUGCAGCAGGGACAUGGUUCCCAGCUCCUCUUAGUUACAAAUAUAAAAUGCUUGCACAAGUGUUCACCCCCUUUAACAGGAAAAAGAACACCGUGAAAAAGAACACUUAAUGAAAAGCAAAGGUCAGGAGGCAGAUACAAGACAAUCCCUUACUCACAUAUAAUAUUUUACAGGCAUUUGAUUUUUGUUGAUAAAAUUGGUCAAAUGUCUUCAAGUUCCUCCUUGAAAGUAAACAGCGUGCCAUCCUUUCAUUUGCAUGAUCAAAGUGCAACAAAGAUGUAUUUGUCAGACAUUCACAGUGAGCCCAGGUUUUUUUUUUUUUUAAAUAUAUGUUUUUAUUUUAAAGCAAAUUUUAACAAGCAGAUUGUGGCUGAGUCACCAGACCAGUGACCUUUUCAUAUUCAGACCAACAGAAAUAAGAAAUUAAAUAUAUAUUCCUGAAGCUUCCAAAGUUGCCAAUGCAAAUAGAUGUGGUGCUGCCAACAACUGCAAAUUGAAAAGGCUGUCAGGCUGACUUACUGUUCAUGUCCUUGACAAAACACAGGCUCUGGUGGAGAAAUGCCACCUUCACUUGUUGUCAAACUGCAGGAAGGACGUGCAGAUUAUGUGGUUACUUAUUUUCCUUCAGGACAUUUGUGUGUCUGGUGCUCCACACCAGUAAAAUCAUCACUUAAUCUUCCCUAUGUAGGUUAACACUGCUCAUUUUGAUUAAUGGAUAUACCUUAUUAGUAGGUGGUUUCUGCUCCUGUGUGGUACUGUAACAUGUUUCUGGGCCACUCAUAUCACUAUCACUUUCCCACUUAACUGGUGUUUGUUCAAUGCUUCUUUUAUUUUUAAUUGCUAUUUCAGUGCAUCGCUGUGUCUUUUCAGUCUCUGUCAUGUGUUGGAAAUAGUUUGAGUGUCACUGCUGCAUCACCUUCCACCAGGAAAUUAAACUGAACCUUGGUGCAGCUGCGUAGUUUGGACUAAUGAAGCAGAGGGAGGAUGGCUGGGAGAGGGAGACAAAGAGAGAGACGAGGGGAGGGGCGAAGAGACAGAUGACGCUCAUGACUUCCCAGCACUGAUGUCAAAAGGAAUGAGGUUUCACCGGCGUCCGCUGCCACCAUGAAGAAGAAGGCGGUGGGCGGCAGUGGCUGCAGCCACAUCAGCGCACCCAAGGCUGUCGCGUCCAAAUGCACGAGAAGCACCAGCAUCCACAACUGUUUGGACUCCGGUUCUCCCGGCGCACCGAGCGGUAAGCAGCCCGGUGUGGCCAGCAACGUCGUGAUGGACGAGACGGACGACGGGGAAGAGGAGUCCAAGUUUCAGCAUCCGCGGUUGCGCCGAGCCGGGGGGAGCGGCAGUGGCGGAGGUGGAGGAGGAGGAGGCGGCGGCAGUAUCAGGAUGAAGAACUUUACGCCAGGAGGGGGAGCCGCGACCUCGGCUUCCAGGAGAAACUCCAACAAGGAGCCCUGCCUUACGCACACAGAGGACGCUCCUGCCGCCCCACGGCCCACUGCUGCCUCCAGAGCUACCGAGACCCAGACACCCUGUCCGGGCGAUGCUGCCCAGCGCGGCGAGACCAGCAGAGCAUCUGGGGCGGAGGCGUCGGAAUCAGCGGUCGCGGUAGAGGUUUUAAACGCGACAGCGGGUGAUGUUUGCAACAGCGUCGCUCCAAUUUCCAGUAUGAAAUGCAACAAAAACGGAGAAUGCAGGAGGGACUCGGGUACCGGGAGCCUGCGCUCAAUCAUCUCCAAACAGGAGAAGCAGACGGGAGGCUCGGGGAGGGCCGAGGACGGAGGGAGCGCCAAGCGCGGAGCCUGUAACUCGACUACCGCCAGCAUGGACGGCUCGAUCACGCCAGGCGGGUCCCUGACCGGGGGGCACGGAGGAGAGAGCGCAAACCCCAGCGGUGUCCCCGAGAAAAAGGACUCCAAGGUGUCCUUCUCUAACGCACCGAGCCGGAAAGCCUCGUCCUCGCUGCACGGCCCGACUCAGACUCAGACCCAGCAGCCCAGGAACUCUGUCACUUUCCAGAAGCCGGAGGAUGGACCGCCAAUUGUGCCCGCCGAGGAUGCGGAGCCUCGGGGCAGCCAAGCCAGCUUCAUGCAGCGGCAGUUUAGUAGUAUGCUGCAGCCUGGAGUUAACAAAUUCUCCUUACGCAUGUAUGGUAGUCAAAAAGCAGUGGAGAGAGAGCAGGAGAGGGUAAAAUCAGCUGGAAAUUGGAUUAUCCACCCUUACAGCGAUUUCAGGUUCUACUGGGAUUUCACAAUGCUGCUGUUUAUGGUGGGCAACCUGAUCAUCAUCCCCGUGGGCAUCACCUUCUUCAAGGACGAGACCACUACGCCCUGGAUCAUCUUCAACGUGGUUUCCGACACCUUCUUCCUCAUGGACCUGGUGCUCAACUUUCGCACGGGAAUCAUCAUUGAGGACAACUCGGACAUCAUUUUGGACCCUAAAACCAUUAAGAAGAAGUACCUAAAGACCUGGUUCAUUGUGGACUUUAUCUCCUCCAUCCCAGUGGAUUACAUAUUCCUCAUAGUGGAGAAGGGAAUCGACUCGGAGGUGUACAAGACAGCCCGCGCCCUGAGGAUCGUCCGCUUUACCAAGAUCCUAAGUCUUCUGAGGCUGUUGAGGCUCUCCAGAUUAAUACGCUACAUUCACCAGUGGGAAGAGAUCUUCCACAUGACCUAUGACCUGGCCAGUGCGGUGAUGCGGAUCUUUAACCUGAUUGGUAUGAUGCUGCUGCUGUGUCACUGGGACGGCUGCCUACAGUUCCUGGUUCCCAUGCUGCAAGACUUCCCCUCAGACUGCUGGGUGUCCCUCAACAAGAUGGAGAAUGAUACCUGGUCAGAGCUUUACUCCUUCGCUGUAUUCAAGGCAAUGAGCCACAUGCUGUGCAUCGGUUACGGCCGGCAGGCCCCGGAGAGUCUAUCAGAUAUCUGGCUCACCAUGCUGAGUAUGAUUGUAGGAGCUACUUGCUAUGCUGUUUUUAUUGGCCAUGCAACAGCUCUUAUCCAGUCCCUGGACUCCUCCAGACGGCAGUAUCAGGAGAAGUACAAACAAGUGGAGCAGUAUAUGUCCUUCCACAAGCUGCCUGCAGACUUCCGACAGAAAAUCCAUGACUAUUAUGAGCACAGAUACCAGGGCAAGAUGUUUGACGAGGAGAGCAUUCUGGGAGAACUCAGCGAACCUCUCAGAGAGGAAAUUGUCAACUUCAACUGUCGCAAGCUGGUGGCGUCCAUGCCGCUGUUUGCCAAUGCAGAGCCAAAUUUUGUGACGGCCAUGCUGACCAAGCUGCGUUUUGAGGUUUUCCAGCCACAUGAUUACAUCAUAAGGGAGGGCACAAUUGGAAAGAAAAUGUACUUCAUCCAGCACGGAGUCUGCAGCGUCAUCACCAAGGGCACCCUCGCGAUGAAACUCUCUGAUGGCUCUUAUUUUGGAGAGAUCUGUUUAUUGACGAGGGGUCGGCGAACAGCCAGCGUGCGAGCAGAGACUUACUGCCGACUCUACUCUCUGUCUGUUGACCACUUCAAUGAGGUGCUGGAAGAAUAUCCUAUGAUGAGACGAGCCUUUGAGACCGUUGCCAUUGACCGUCUGGACCGCAUUGGUAAAAAGAACUCCAUCCUGAUGCACAAGGUUCAGCAUGAUCUCAACUCCGGUGUCUUCAACAACCGGGAGAAUGAGAUGAUCCAGGAGAUUGUCAAAUACGACCGGGAGAUGGUGAAGCUGGUGGACCUGCAGCGGCCGCGGGCCAUGUCCAUGACCCCUUCUAUCGGCGGUAUCUUUGCUCCCCCUGGUCAGCCGCAGACGGGCUCUGCUAUCGCCACCCUCCAGCAGGCCGUGGCCAUGAGCUUCUGCCCCCAGAUGGCAAGUCCGCUGGUGGGACCAGGGACUCUGCAGUCUCCCCGUAUGGUUCGAAGGUUCCAGGUGGUGCAGAACCUGUCCAGCCCGAUCUCCAUGUCUCCUCUUCAGUCUCAACCUCCUCAGACGCUCGGAGGGGCGUUUGGAUCUGCAAUCUCCAGCCCUCCCGUCCAAAGUCCACUCGCAGCUUCAGGACGGACUUUCCAGUACAUGGCGAGCGCGGGACCCUCUGGGUCCCAGUUGUCCCUAGUACAGCACCAUGCACCCAGCCCCACACAGACCCAGCAGAGGCCUGCCUCACACAAGAGCACCCACUCCCUUCAUGCGGGCAGCUUGAGCCAGGAUACCCGGGCCCUGUCUGCCUCUCAGCCUUCACUCCCCCAGGAGGGAACACCACAAGCUGCCUCUGCAGCCCCCAGCCCUCCGCCCUCCACCCGCACCUCCAACACCUCCAUCGGCCCCCCUCAGCCCCCUCACCCGAGCCUGCCGGGAACCUCAGGGGUGGGGAGAUCAGCAGGAGCUCAACAGAGGGUGGCCUUUGCCUCCACACCGCCUCCCGGUGGACCUGCUGGAAUGGGGGCAGUAGCAGCAGCUGCUGGAUCAGGACCUCCAGACUCUGGAGUUCCCAAGAAAGAUUCAAUUGUCAGCCUUCCAGAGCUAGACUCUGCCAGAUCCCGGCUGUCUUCCAACUUGUGACCCUGGUAGAGUUCAGGAAAGAGGCCUUUUUUGUAGGAGAAUCUGUUUGUUUUAGGUCAGUCCAGCUGAUCUGUCAGCCUGCUA